AGCCAAGCCACUGCCAUCCGCAUCAGAUUUCUUGCGCCAAGAAGGACGGGGGAGCGCACUGCAGACUACACUACUGCGAGUGAGCGCGACAGCAGAGCACAGAGUGAAGGAGCUGUACCGAGACGACAAGCUGCAAAGAAACACAACGACGCGACGCGAAACAAAGCCGCCAAGUUGAGACGCAACUAUGGAGAGAGCGAUGUUGGGACGGUUCGGGAUUUGCGGCACCUUGCUUGUUGUAGCGCUGCAAGCAUGUCUGGCUUCAGUCACGGUCAAGGUGACUCCAGAGGUGGAAGUGAUCAAAGGAGAGACUGCCACACUGCCUUGCAGCUACACCACCUCUGCACCGGCCUCUGCUGUUGUGGUCCAAUGGUUGAUUGAGGUUGCAGGUGCAAGAAAACAAAUUGCUUUCAAGUCUCCACAAGGUAUUGGUGUUGAUCCAGGCACAACAAUGACAGAUCGUCUAACCAUGGAAAACGACCUGUCCAUCACCAUCUCUCCAGUCAUGGUGGAAGAUGAGAGAAUCUACAUCUGCCAAGUGUCUGCUGGAGCUGUAGGGUUCUCUGAAGAUAAGACCCAGGUCAAGGUUUUCUUUGCUCCAGAAAAGCCAACGAUCACAGGAAAUAAUCAGGCUAUUACUGUCACUACUGAAACUGGCACCUCCUCGGAGGUGGGCAAGUGCAUCAGUAGGAAUGCUUACCCUCAGCCUCGUAUUAUCUGGUUUAAAGAUGCCACUCCUCUGCCUGAAGUAAAGGACCUGAAGGAAAAAACAUUUAUGAUACCUAGUGUGGUGAAGGAAGCCUCAAACCUGUACACCAUGACCAGCACGCUGUUCAUGCAGCCGGUUAAAGCUGAUGCUAAAUCUGUCUUCCACUGCACGGUGGAGUACAGCAUGCCAAACAACCAGAUCAAACAGGAGAGCUCCGAUAAGUUCAGCCUCUCGCUGCUCUAUUCAACAGAAACUGUGUUCUUCAAACUGAAGAAUCAGGGGCCAGUCAAAGAAGGGGAUGAUGUGCUGAUGGAGUGUGAGACUGACGGAAACCCUCAGCCAGAGUUUGAUUUUUAUAAAGGGGACAAACAACUGGGAGGAUUGAAAGGAACGCUAACAGUGAAGAAUGUCACUCGAAUGGAUGCUGGAAUCUAUAAGUGUGAAGCUCUGGAUUUUGAUGCCGAAGAUAGUGUUGAGCUUACCAAAACUCUUAGCUUAAAUGUUCACUAUCUUGACCCUGUGGCAGUGACUCCAGAAGGCCCAUUGCUUGCUGCUAAAGGAGAUGCUGUGGAGCUUCAGUGUAAGACCAAGUCCUCUGAUGAAUACACCCUGCAGUGGAAAAAGGACUCAAAGGAGCUGUCGCAGACGGGUGUGUUGACUCUCCAGUCAGUGACUCUGGCUGACGCUGGCGUGUAUUUAUGUGUCGGAGCUGUACCUUCAGUGCCAGGUCUCCGAAAACAAGCUAAUGUCACCCUUACCGUCACAGGUGCACCUGAGAUUGCUGCUCCACUGAAUGGUCUUGUUGAGAAGGAAGGAGGGCUGGUCACUCUCAACUGCUCUGCUCUUGGUUAUCCUCCUCCACAGUUCACCUGGAAACCUUCUGGCAAAGAGUCAGUGAACGUAGUGGGGAAUAAGGUUAUUAGCACAGUCACUCUUGAGGCCUCGGCGGCAGUUCUGAAGGAUGGUGUGAUUUGUGAAGCAUACAACAAGCAUGGAAGAGACAGCAAGAGCUUCAAGGUGUCCAUCAAAUCAGAUCCAGACAAAUCAUCAAAUCCCAAUACUGCUAACCGAGGAAACCCAGUAUUUAAAACAGCGGACAAACAGCAGGGAGGUCCAAGCGCGGUCGUGAUUGCCGUGGUAGUGUGCGUUCUACUGCUUCUCCUCCUGGUGGCUCUGCUCUUCUUCCUUAGUAAGAAGGGCAAGCUGAGCUGUGGGAAAAAGGAAAAGAAGGAUGUGGCAUCUGGGGAGGUGAAAGGUGGUAUUGUGGUGGAGAUGAAGUCCAAUGAGAAAGGCAAUGAAGAGGCUGGUCUGCUUAAGAAACCAAAUGCAGAACAGGUGAGGGGCCAAAGGUGGUUCUCAGCUGUACCACAGUACCAAUUUUGUUUUUGUAAAAUGUUUAUUGUACAACAAAAAUGUAAAAACGGUGGGAUAAUUUUCUAUCAUCAUUCAACAUAACAGAUACAUGCAUGUAAAAAUAGACUUAAUCUGACCUGUACUUAUUCAAAUACAUAAAGGAAUAUGUGAUCAUACAACAUUUUAUUGUAUUUUAAAAGAUAAAAAUUCUCUAAAUGAUAGAAAACAUUUUGCUGACAAAUGGACAAAAUGGGAAAGAAAUUGUAAAGAUUUAAAAUCACAUUUAAUUAGUUCUUGAGACGUGGGCCUCCACUGUGAUCCCUAAAGGGAUAGUUUGCCCAAAAAUUAAAAUUACCCCAUGAUAUUUUUAUUACACAAAACAUUGCUUCACUUCAGAAGGCCUUUAUUAAUCCCCCGGAGCCAACUGGAGCACUUUUUCUGAUGGAUGGACGCACUUGUUUGGGCUUCAAUAUCUCGACCCCAUUCACUGCCAUUAUAAAGCUGGGAAGAGCCAACACAUUUUUUUUAUAUAACUCAGAAUUGUAUUCAUCUGAAUGAUAAAAUUCAUAUACACCUAUGAUGGCUUGAUGGUGAAUAAAUAAUGGGGUAAUUUUCAUUUUUGGGUAAAUUAUGCCUUUAAAUGGACAUAUAGUCUUUAAUCUUGAACAUUUUAUUACUUUAUGCAACUAAAUGAUAGCCAGUAAAAACAGUAUGUGUUCAUUAACAAUCUUUCCACUUUUACAGUGAUAAAAAAAAACGAAGAAGAAGAGAUACAAGUAAGAACAAGAUCUCCAGAGACGUAGGGGAUGUUAGUGAAUUAAGAGUGCUCUGAUGGAGGAGAAGAGAGGAGAUGGAGGAAAGAGAAGAUGAAUUCAUUUUAGCUGUACAGUUUUCUUUUUUGAAAGAUUGUGGGAGGAGCUAUGCUGUUGAACAGAGGGUGGGUUUCAGUUUAGAAGUGGGAGGGGCAAUAAAUGUAAAUUUGGCAUUAUUUUGAUAAGGUUACAUACUGUGUCCUGAUUGUGUAAUCAAGCCAAUCUUUGUAGUACAACUCUAUUAAAUAGAGCACAGCUUAAUGCAGAGUUUUUCUACCCAAAACAAAGCAGAAAAUUCACUGUGGACACUGGAUGUUGCUCUUCAUGCUGUGCUGCACCCUGGUUAUGUUGAUUAGUUCAUGUUGUUGAAAUAGUGCAGUACAGCCUCUUUUUGCAUUACAAACUGCACUGUGUACAUUUUUGAUUGUGAACUGCACACGUGCCAUUACCCUGAUUAGUGAACCCUACUGACCACUUUAUGCUUUGGCCAUGAUCUGCAUGGAGCAUAUGGAUGUGCCAUUAAACACACUGUCCAGCUGUUCCUUUCAACGCCUUAGAUAUUUUAGACCAUGCCUGCAUGUCCCAGACCUGUAUGUUUUGAGCUAUAACCAAAAGCCAGAGGUGAUGGGAAAGAAAUAGCGUGUGUGAGAAUCCCAUUCAAACCAUAUAUCUGACUGCAUGGACCCAUUCAGCUCAAGUCUGAGAGUUGUGGGGGAGUUACAGAACUAACUCGAUCAUCUCAUUCCUCUGUACUGCACUGAAUUCCAUUCGACAGCCCAAACAUGUUCAAAGACUUUAACCUAACUCUGUAAUUAUCACACAUAGGUUAGUAAGAGAACAGGUCUAUAGUAUUUUAAAAUGCAUCCUAAUGGGAUUAAUCAUUCACUUUUUUAUAUAUAUAGUCUAAACUUCACUAUUCUUUUUGGAUUAUUAAAAUACUGAGCAUUAUUGGAAAUUAUCUACUCACUGAGCAGAAAACAUAAUGAACAUUCUGUCCCAAUAUGCUAUUCUGUUUGAAGUUUUUCCAACACUAUUGAUAUCCCUAAGUUUUUCAUUAUUUAUAUUUAGAGAAACGUAUCAAGUUAAACACUUUCAGCCUUUUCUUAAAGCUUAAAAGUUUUUGCUCUGUUUAGUUAUGUGAAACCCCAAGGCUUUAUACAUUCAUAAUUCAUACACCAACGAAUUCUAUCAUCAUUUACUCAUCCUCAUCAUCGUUCCAAACCUAGAUAGCUUACUUUCUCCUGUUGAACACAAAUUAAGAUAUUUUGAACUGCUUUUGUACACAAUGAAAGUCAAUGGAGUACAAAACAAAACGAGAUCCCAUUGAUUUUCAUUCUAAAAUAAAAACACUGAGAAUGACAGUGAGAAGGGUGAGUAAAUUGUGACAUACCGGUAAUUUUCCUUUUUGGGAGAACUAUCACUUUACAUUCUGAGAGCAAGGAGAUGAAAAACUUGGUAAAAGUCGAGGGGCAGAACUAUGACACUGUUGUCACACGGUGGUCAUCUUUUUUGUUAUUUAUCAAUACUGUUGCCAAUUUCACUUUGUUUUUUAAACCAAAAAUAUGAGUGAACAUGGGGUGUAAAAAUGAUUUCUUUAAACUUGUAUAUGACGUUACAGGUUUCUGUGUUUUGCAUAUCUAUGUAGUUUGUAUCUUUCUCAGUAAAAGCACACUGUUGUUCAGGUAGCACAGCUGGAACAUUCUAGAAUCAGUAUGUUGUUGGAAAACCCUGUCAUUUCCAGCCCAAGCCCUACUGUUAAACAAAGCUCUGAGCCUUGUUAUUUGCUUCAAAUAACAGAUUCACAAUCUGCUGUUCUUUGAGUCGGGUCCUCUGCAUGUCAGAGCAACACCCAUGGACAGUUUUUACACAAUUUCUGAAUAUGGUCACACACACUUAUACAGUAAAGUGCUUCUCUGUACCAACAAAACAGUGAUUCUAGAGUCUCUAUGCAGCAGGUUUGGUUGGAUGAGGGUAAGAAGAGGAGAAAAGAGAUGCAUAGAGAGUGGGAGAGGGCUUGGUUUGAAUAUAACAUUAUAAUUUUUUUUAUCUACUGAGUCUUUGUGUGUAGUUGAGAGUAUCUUAAUGAAUCAGUAUGUAUUAAUUGUCCAGUAGACACAUGGAGCAUGAGCUAAAAUAUCGCUGAAAAUCUCAAACACUGGAAAAUGUAUGGUGGCCCGUUUAUGAAGGCCUCUUGUCUUAGACUCCUCAUAGAAUAUUUUUUACUUUUAUCUUGAUGCUCUUUUUUACAUUUACUGAUUUCAUUUUGCAAAAUGUAGUCAUAUGUUCUGUCAAUGUAAUGUGUGAUUUAUAGUUAUGGUCAAUAUUUGCAUACAAGUUAUUUGAACGCCCAUUUUCUAAGACAAUGAGUAACAAAAAAAAAAGUUUUCUUAAGGAUACGCAUCUUAACUACUGAAUGAUUUUGCAGUUUUGCUAGUUUUGCAAGAAAUAAGAGUGCUGUUUUGAAUAAGAUGUCAUACUUUAUGGAUGUCUGCAAUUGUUUGUGCCCUCCAGGUAUUCUGUAUAUUUGUGGUACGCAUUUGUGAACUUUGUAGCUUGUCUUCUGAUUGGAACUGUGUAAAGUUUAUACUGUCAAGCAACAACAACAACUACAACAAAUCCCAA